AUGUGUGUCGACGUGAUCUUAUACGAGUGUGGGGAUUACCGAUGGCACCAGCGUGUAGGGCCAUGCUCACACUCGAUUUCUGAGGGCACAUGCAGCCGGCAGCUGAUCUACGAGAUCGUCACGAGGGACCGGCCAUGCGCGAAAUGCGUGACUAUCGAACGGAAUGAGAGCUAUCUACGUGUAAAGGAAGAACAGCUCCGCCGCUUCAAGGAACAGGCAGCGGAUAAAACUCGCCGUGUUCUUACAAGUGAGCAGACCGCGGCUUUGCAUACGAUGCUUGCUAAAUUCGAGAAUGCUAUUUCCGAGCAGAGGUCCCAGCUUGAAAAUGCCCGCAUCGAGCGUCAGAAAUCUUUAAUGGGGUCCGAGGGCACUGAACUCGGUCGUGGCAUCCAGGUGUUGUCAAUUGUGAAGUUUGGAGUUGAAGAGAUGCGGGCAGUUCUGAUGUCGGAUAAUGACUGA